AUGGGCAUUGUCUGUGCACAAUGUUCCUUUAUUCUGCUGCUGUGCAUAAUGAGGACUCAUCCACCUCACUUCCUCUUCUGCCCAUUGAGCAGUCAAAGAGCUGAAAGUCGUUAUAAGCCUGUGCACCUGGGCCUGGGCCCUACAGAUAAGGUAGCUGCUAUUGCUAUGGCCCGCAUCAUCGACCUGGUGCCCUGGGACGAUGGCUCCACACAUGUGUAUGCUUCCCCGGCCAUCCUGCUUCCUGUGGAGCGGCAGCGCAACCAGCUGGCGGGCGUGAAGCAGCAGCUCUACCACCCAGCCCUGCCCACCCUGCGCCACAUGGACAGGGACACCGUCAAGGCCUGCCUUCCUGAUGAGCACUGCCAGUCCGCCACCUACUGCCGCAAAGAUGAGUUUGACAACGCCCAUUUUACACUCCUUGGGGUCCCCAACAAACCCCUGCAGUGUUUGGACAUCACCGCGACAGGCCAGAAGCUCCGCAACAGGUACCACGAGGGAAAGCUGGCGCCCAUCGCGCCGGGCAUCAACCGAGUGGACUGGCCCUGCUUCACGCGCGCCAUCGAGGACUGGUCCCACUUCGUAUCCUCGGCCGGGGAGUUCAAGCUGCCUUGCCUGAGCAAGCGAGUGGAGGGUCUCAGCGGCUACGCGGUGCGGUACUUGAAGCCGGACGUGACCCAGAGCUGGCGGUACUGCCUCAACCAGAACCCCAGCCUGGACCGCUACGGACAGAAGCCCCUGCCUUUCGACUCCCUGAACACUUUCCGAAGCUUCGGCUCCAGCUACAGUCGUGUCAACUAUCUGACCCCCUGGCAUUAAUCUCUCUGGAAAGGAGGCUGACUCCCAGGCUGCCGGACGGUGCCACCUCAGGUCCCCUGGCCAGACCGAGGACUUAUGGUGGCACCAGCUAUCUCCCCAGGAGUUCAGCCUAAUUAGAAAUAAAUCUAAUGCUUCCUUAGAGAGACAUGCAAUUGUGUGUGUGUGUGUGUGUGUGUGUGUGUAUGUGUCUUGCAGAGGCUGGGAGAGGGUCAGGGCCACAGGAUGACAGUAUCUUACCCUUGCCUGUCCCCAGCCAACUCCUGAAGAACUGGUGGGGGGUUGGAGAAAAAUGUUUGGUGACCUGGUUUGAGAGUCAGGGUGUAAGCCCUAAGGUCCAGCCAGAAUUGAGGUCCAAGAGCAAGAGAUGUGUUCCUGCCCCUUGCCGGCAGCCCCACACCCAAACCCCCUCCAUUUUGGAUCCUGAAUUUAAGCCCUAAAGAGAAAGGGAGGGGGUUAGAAAGCUAUUUUUAGGUGCCUUUUGAAGCUCUUGCCAUACCAGUGUGCUCUGGGGGGUUUCCCUGUGCCCGGGGUCCCUCUGAAGGUGUGGGAGCAGGCUGGGGCAAGAGGAGCUGGCCAGGCCUAUGGUCUUGAUUCUUGUGAUGCAAUAAAAUGUAGAGUCUAAACUUGCAUGAGAUGCACGAAGCCACUCAGAGAAGAAAGUUCCCCGCUCUCCAAAGCGCCACCAAUAAACAUGUCAUCUAAGCAAAAAGUCCUCUGCUCUAUCCAUGAGGCUUCAGAAAUAGCCCUUGUCUACCCACCAACCAUCCAUUCCAAGCUGCUCCUGUGAAAAGAAGGCAUGACGUCCCGGGGACAGUGUGGGGACUCCUGGCCCAGGUCUGGAAUAACGCUAUCCAGGGGGCUAAGGAAGAGCAUCUCUAGCAAUGGUAAGGGGGUGUAUUAGUCUGUUUUCAUGCUGCUGAUAAAGACACACCCAAGACUGAGAAGAGAAAGAGGUUUAAUGGACUCACAGUUCCAC